GCAAGGAAACCAGUAGGUGGAGAAACCAGAAGGCGCACAGCACCGGUAACCAGUUAUUCAUACCGUUGGAGAUUAUUGCCCACUUUUUCCUAGCCAUGAGUGGUUCAAUCCUGACACGUGCCACAUUUAUAGUAUAUUUAAGUCUACUGAAUGUCAUAAAAGAAAUCCAACUUCUCCACGUCGACUUCACUACGAAUGCGGAAGAUCCUGUGCCACACUUCAACUACUCAUUGGAUAUUGUGACCCAUAGCUUCUUAAUAAUGACAGAAGGUGGCCCUGUGGUGAACAUCAGGCUAUGCUACCGCAACAGGUCUGCUACAACAUGUGCGUCACUUGCUCCUCCAGUUGAACAUCAGAUGGAUACUACUCAUUCCCGCUCUACUAAUAUCAGUUUUCCAUAUCUUCUGCCAUGUUUGUGCAUACAGGUAUAUUAUGAUCACCUUGAUGCAAAGAGGAAUGUCACAUGUCCCUUUGAGAAUCAGACUCAAGAUGGACUUCUGGAUGUCUUGUUCUCCAGUGAAAUAAGAGUUUAUAAUAAUUCUAAACUGGCAUGGCACCCGCUCUGUCCUGCUGAACUUCCCUCUGCAAAACUUUGCUGGAAUAGCAGUGCCCGUCUGGCUGACUGUGCAGUUUUACCCAACGCCAUACUAGAAGUAGUUGGUCUGAACUACGAUGUGUCUGAUGUGGACAGGCACCCACAAAUGUGUAUUCAGUUUUCUUUGAAUAACAGCCACUAUGUCCACUGCCCCUUCAAGUUUGGUCAUGUCUACGAGUGGGAAGUAACUAAGUUAGCAAUAUUUGCUGGACACAUACGGGUAUCGAUUACAUCCACAAUUCCAGCAUCUUUUGCAGGCCAGCUGUGUGCCAAUUUCGCAGAAGAAUGUGUUUUUAUAGGAAAUGAACAUUAUAUCAGCAUGGUGGGGGGCAACAGUCCAAUGGAGCUGGUGUUACCAUUUCCCUCUCGCUCUGUUGGGCCCUGUGUACAAGUGUGGAGACAUGAACCUCUUCUCCGUGGGAGAAGAAUAUUUUGCCUGGACUACCCACAGAUACACAGAAGAUGGGGACUAAUUAUUGGGGUAACACUGGCUUUCCUGCUUACUUUAGUUGUCCUGGGAAAUUGUGCCUGGUACCAGUUUUUGAAAAGAUUCUCAGAUUUAGUUUCCAGUAGACCUGUUUUGCUAGUAAGUUCCUCAGAUGAGACAAGCCAUGUCUCAGCAGUUUUAGCUCUCGCUUCUGGCCUAGAAGCAGAGCUGAACUGCAGCGUGCGACUUGCUCUGUGGGACCACUGUGCCUCACAGGACUCUGUAGCUCAUCUGGGGCCUGUCCCCUGGCUUCACACACAGUGGCAAGCGGUGUUACAGACUGGAGGCGUGAUACUAAUUGCUUGGAGUUCCAGUGCUUCUGGUGCCUACAAUUUUACAGGAGAACGUGGGGAGACAGAGGAUGGAAAUAAAAAAAACAGACACCCAUAUUUAGACUGUGAACAUUUGCAAUUUUCGAGUUUUGAGUAUGAUGAAAACCAUGAGACAUGUGAUUAUGAAAUGAAAGCGUGGACCUACAGAUUAAAAGGAGAGGAAGACACAGAAAGAGAAGAGAAGACUUCAGUGACUACUCAAGUGCUUGUUGCUACUCUUUCAUGUCUUCAAGCUACACUGCAGUCAGGCCUCCAGAGUAAAAAAAUAAUCUUACUUCAUUUUGAGAGAAAGGGCUAUAGUGACAGUGAGACCGAUAGGGAUCUUCCAGCUGUGCUACACACCUUGCCAACUUAUUAUUUGCCACAGAACCUCCCUAAACUUGUGUUAGAGCUGAGUAUGGGCCCCAAUAAAAGGAAUGCUCAAAAUCAAGGACAAGAAAGGGUGGGCAAAAAUUUCAGUGGCUGGUUGUGGUUGGCUGGAACUUGUUGGGCCCAUCAUGUGUCAUGGCGGCUUGCACAAAAAUGGACAAAUUGUCUCCAGUAAGGCUGAGUUCCAGAAUGGAGAAUAUACAGGCGAUGCUUUGUACAGAAAAAGAACAUCUCUCUCAUUACUUUUGCUAACUUCCAUAGCAGCACAGAUGUGUCAAAUUGUGAUUGUGUUUUGCAACAAUUCAUUUGAUUUGAUGCCUCUAGGCCCAUAACAUGUCUAUUGGACCCAAUACCUUCUAGUCUAUUUAAAUAACUGUUGCCUGUUUUA